AUGUCGUUCCUUUGGGAUUGGUUCAAUGGGGUUCUCAACCUCCUUGGAUUAGCCAAUAAGAAGGGAAAAUUGGUGUUCCUUGGUCUGGAUAAUGCGGGUAAAACCACGUUACUUCAUAUGUUAAAGGAUGAUCGGAUCGCUCAGCAUGUUCCAACGCUUCAUCCAACUUCUGAGCAAUUGUCGCUUGGUGGAAUCUUGUUCACCACUUUCGAUCUUGGUGGUCACGCUCAAGCUCGCAGAGUGUGGAAAGAUUAUUUCCCAGCUGUCGACGCGAUAGUUUUUCUUGUCGAUGCCGCCGAUCAAGAGCGAAUGGCAGAGACUCGCGCCGAGCUUGAGUCUCUCCUUCAGGAUGAGCAGGUUGCUACUGCUCCAAUUUUGAUUCUUGGAAACAAAAUCGAUAAGCCAAAUGCGCUGAGUGAGGAUCAACUCAAGUGGCAGUUGAACAUACAGCAUUUGUGCACUGGAAAAGGAGACGUUUCGCGCAAUGAGCUUGCUUCGCGACCAAUGGAAGUGUUCAUGGUUUCGGUACUGCGUCGACACGGAUAUGGAGACGGAUUCCGUUGGCUGUCUCAGUACAUCUAA